GAAGUAUGACUCCAGAGACACAGGACAUCUACCUGAGGAUGGACCACCACCGGCGACGGUCCGGAUACAGGCUGGGACGUAUCAUCGCCCGCCAACAGCUGCUUCAGAGAAUAUCUGCAGAGAUUGAGGCGAAGGAAGCAUGCGACUGGCUGCGAGCUGCAGGAUUCCCCCAGUACGCCCAGCUUUUUGAAGAUUCACAAUUUCCAAUUGACAUCACUCCUGUGAAGAAAGAUCAUGACUUUUUGGAUAAAGACCUUGUAGAGCCUUUAUGUCGGAGACUCAACACAUUGAACAAGUGUGCAUCUAUGAAACUCGACGUUAACCUCCCCAAAAAGAAAAGUGAAGACUCCGACUCGGAUGAUUUGUUUGCAAUUAGCGACAAAUGGACCUUUGAGUGGAGCAGUCGGCGUUGGUCCCGUCUCCUAGACGAGGCGGGACCCAGGGAACCGGUGGAAGAGUCAGCUCUACGUACCACGCCCAGCAGUGAGAGUGUCCUGACGGACCUGAGUGAGCCGGACGCCUCAUCCUUGCACAGUGAGAGCAGCAGUGGAAGCGCAGGAGUCCGAACGCAGAGUGCAGAGGACUCGGACAGCUCGCGGCGUUACUGCUCAGACUCGAGCGGCAUGCCCAAAAUGGGGAUGACAUAUCAUUCCCCAGACCUUCCUGGCUAUGCGUCACUUCCUGUCAAACACAGCAAGCUCACCCGGGUGCGGACCAAGGACUUUUUGCGGCGCAUGGAGACUUUGCGAUCACGAGGGACUGAGGAUAAUGGGCGCAGAACUUUGGUGAUCAGUGCUCCUGUUCUCCAGCGUCAACCCCAAGCCAUGGAGACACUUAACUGUGUGGAGAUCAACGGAUAUGGAGGAUUAACUUCUCACUCGAGUAGCGACGGGAGUAGCAGCCAAUCCGGUGGCAGUGCUGUUAGCACUCCAAGCUUGAAGGAACGUAAAGCAUACCGUGCCGAUCACAAGCGAAGUGGAAUGUACCUGGAUGACCUGGACGUCUUCUCUGGAGUCACUCCAGAAAAACGAAAUGAGUUCCGGUCAUAUGAAGACCUUGUUGUGCACAUCCCCAAAGAUCACAAGCCUGGAACCUUUCCCAAAGCCCUGUCCAUUGAGAGUCUUUCACCCACAGCCACACCUUUCAGCAGAGUUCAUGAAGCCCAGCGUCAGCCAAGCAUAAAGGAGCCGAGACCCGUCACACAAUGCUGCUCACGGGGCAGCCGUGUCAGUAUAUACGACAACGUACCAGGUUCUCACCUUUAUGCCAGCACGGGGGACCUUAUCGACCUAGAAAAAGAGGACCUGUUCCCACACCUGGAUGACAUCCUGCAGCAUGUUAACGGCCUGCAGCAGAUCGUGGAUCACUGGUCCAAAAACGUUCUGCCCACAGGAGAGAGCGUACAGAAGGGGCAGGUGAGGAGGGAGGAAAAAUGUCAAGAGAACGAACAAUCCUCCAGCCAUAUCACGCUGGAUUUGGAGGGUCACUCAGUGCUGGAGGGGCAGUUUACCCUUACUGAUGGGGACAGGGAUGUCGUUUCAAUUAAUGAAGCUGAAUCUACAGGAAUAAGAGAGAGGAGAGACUCUGGGGUCGGGGCGUCACUCACCAGGCCAAACCGCUUGCGAUGGCCGAGUUUCCAGAUCUCCAACCGCCUCAGCCAUUCAGUGGCUUCGUUACAAAUCACCAACCAGUCAGCAGGGCAGCUCAGCCUGCUGCAGAAGUUCUCUCUGCUGCGCCUCACUGCCAUCAUGGAAAAAUACUCCACGUCCAACAAACACGGCUGGACCUGGUCAGUGCCGAAGUUUAUGAAGCGAAUGAAGGUUCCUGAUUAUAAGGAUAAGAAUGUGUUUGGUGUUCCUCUGAUCGUACAUGUCCAGCGUUUUGGUCAGCCUCUACCUCUGGGCCUUCAGCAGGCUCUUCGCUACCUCAGGAGUCAGUGUCUUGACCAGGUCGGGCUUUUCCGCAAGUCAGGGGUGAAAUCCCGCAUUCAGGCUCUCAGACAGAUGAACGAGAACUCUCCAGAAGACGUGAACUAUGAGGACCAGUCUGCCUAUGAUGUGGCUGACAUGGUCAAGCAGUUCUUCAGAGAUCUUCCUGAGCCUCUACUCACCAGCAAGCUGGGAGAAACCUUCCUCCAUAUCUACCAAUAUGUGCCUAAGGAGCAGCGGCUGCAGGCAGUCCAAGCAGCCAUCAUGCUGAUGUCCGAUGAGAACCGUGAAGUUCUGCAAACGUUACUCUGCUUCCUCAGUGACGUCACUUCCUCCGUGCAGGAGAAUCAAAUGACGCCCAUGAACAUUGCUGUGUGCCUGGCACCCUCUCUUUUCCACCUCAACAUCCUGAAGAAGGAAAACCUGUCUCCCAGAACCAUGCAGAAAAAAUACGCCACUGGACGUCCUGACCAGAAAGACCUGAACGAGAACCUGGCUGCCACCCAGGGCUUGGCCCACAUGAUCACAGAGUGUAAUCGUCUGUUUGAGAUUCCCCAUGAAAUGGUCACACAGUCAAGGAACUCAUACGUGGAGGCCGACCUGCAUGCCCCGACACUAGAUGAUCUGUGUAAGCAUCAUCAGCACGAGGAAGAGGAGGAUGAAGGCUCCUGGCCUGCACACUUAGAGUCUCGACUACAGAUCUUACUCAAGGAGGCGCGAGACAAAGCUAAAGGCUGGGUGUCCUGCCAAAGCUCAGAUAACACAGAACUGGCAUACAAGAAGGUGGGUGAUGGGAACCCUCUGCGGCGCUGGCGCGUCUCUGUUGAGGUGGAGGCUCCUCCGUCCAUAGUGCUGAACCGAGUGCUGCGAGAGCGCCACCUGUGGGACGUUGACCUCCUGCAGUGGAGAGUGUGUGAGGUGCUGGAUAAACAGACUGAGAUUUUUCAGUACGUCCUCAACCGGAUGCCCCCUCACCCCAGCAGGGACUUCGUAGUGCUCAGGUCGUGGAGGACAGACUUACCUCGCGGUGCAUGCUCGCUCGUGUCAGUUUCUAUCGAGCACGAGGAGUGUCCUCUCACAGGAGGGGUGAGGGGUGUCGUUCUUGAGUCCGACUACCUGCUGGAGCCCUGCGGCUCGGGCAAGUCACGCCUCACGCACAUCUGCAGAAUCGACCUCAAAGGGAGAACUCCUGAAUGGUACAACAAGGCAUUUGGACACUUGUGUGCUGCUGAAGCCGCCCGUAUUCGUAACUCCUUCCAGCCAAUCCAUGCAGACGGACCAGAGACCAAAAUCUGAGCCCCAUGAUGCCUUUCCGGUCUCACAAAUGAACAUCUCGGUGGGGGCACUAAAAUCCUGGAUAUCUCAGCCAAUGCUGUGACCCCUCACCUGAUGUUAUGAAAGUUUAAUUAUGUAAACAGUCAAAAUCAGAAGUCUACAUACACAUGUAAGGGACAUGGACGUCCUGGUGGUGUUGGGAUUUCAAUGAUUUCUGCUACUGUUGUUUUUCUGUAAGUGUUUUUCUGUGACUGGUGUGAUACUAUCCACAGUCAAGCAAGCUUCACAUGGCCAUGGCUUAGAAGCUGGAGUACAAAAAAUGCUUUAUUUAUGUGAUCACAAGAUAUCUGAUAAGCUUUAAAGUUCAAGUCAUUAAAAUCCCAAUUUACACACAUCAAACAUGCAGUACAGGGCAAAGGUGUAUGUAAACUCUUGACUUCAACUCUAUAUUAGCUUUUGUGUUGUUUAUUUGUAUUAUAUCAUUUGUAAUAUUCAUUAUUUGUAUUAUAAUUAAUUUUAUUGGUACGUAUUUGCAGAGCACAUAAUCUUAUACAAUGUAUACAGCGUUUAAGCUCUUAAAUGCUUCUGGGAAGCACAAACUUGUAUGUUAUUAAAUUUAAGGCUCUAUUCGAUCACACAUGUCACCAAGCACGUGUGUGUGUGUGUGUGUGUGUGUGUGUUCACAUGUUUACAGACAUGUGACCUGUACAGUGUGUGUUACCUAAAGGCUCAUGUAGUUUAAGCAUUUUGCCUUUCGAUCAGAUGAUAAACUCUUGGCACUCGUUGGAUAUCAGCGUGAUUUUUGGUACUUGAUGUUACUCAGAUGUAAGCUGGUUUUACUUUGUUGUCUACGUGUCGAUCUGUCAGUGUUUGUGUAAGAAUGGGUGUAAUAUUAUUUUAUUUGAAUGUUAAUAUUGUACGGAUGAAAAAAAUGACUUGGGUUUGACAUUUUCAGACCUGCUCUAGUAGUACUGGAUCAUGAGGAGGACAGAAGUCAGAGACGAUGUCUUUUUAAUAAACUAUACAUAAAUUAAUUCUAA